UGUAGUUCCUGACUCUCCUGGGAGCGGAAGUGACGUCAUCGAGGGAGGCGGAGCCAGGCUGCGAAGACGCAUUGGGCGGUGUGGCUUUUCCUGGCUCGCGCGGGGCCGUUGGAGACUCUCCCGGGGCCGGAGAAGGGUGUGUGACAGAGAUCAGGGCUCUUAUCGUACCGAGCGUGGCCCUGUUCUGCCAGGUGCUGCGGAGACCCCAACUGAGAUCUGGACCCUGUUCUGCCAGGCACUGAAGAGACCCCAGAUCAUCCCAUCCUCCCAGGGGGACGGAAAUGGCUGCAAUGGAGCUGGCUCAGGGGCCGGUGACUUUUGAGGAGGUGGCUGUGUAUUUCACCAGAGAGGAAUGGGCUCUGCUGGACCCUGUUCAGAGAGCUCUCUACGGGGAUGUCAUGCAGGAGAACUAUGAGACGGUGACCUCGCUGGAGUUUCAAGUUUCCAAACCUGAUGUGAUCUCACAGCUGGAACGAGGGGAAGAGCCGUGGGUCACAGACCUCCAGGGCUCUGAGAAAGAAGUGCUUCGAAGAGCUGCCUUCCCAGGUGAGGACUUGGUUAAACCAACGCAACAACUGUGUGGGAAUGCAGGAAACAUUUGGGAUGCCCUACAAAAGACCCUGUGA